AGGAGCAAGCAGAGAAGACACUUAAUUACCUGAAGUCGUUGUGCAGUGGCGGGAAGCACCUGCUCGCUUCUCCUCAGGCUGGACUUAAUCUCUCUCACCUGUGCGCAGCAGGUAGGCGAGUUAUCAUUUUUUUCUUUUCUUUUUUUCUGUUGGAGGAGACAGAGGUGUUGUCCGCAGCACACUGUGGAUGAGGACUCACUCUUGGGUUUCUUCAUGGCAAGAAGACUCAACAAUGUGUGCCUAGCAUGGCUGUGGCUCCUUCACCGACCACCCAGGGACCGGUAUGGCUUUUAGCCGCAUCAGUAAACUGGACCCCCCGUCCCGAGGCAUCUUCAGGAAAGCGGCGGUCAUGCUGGGCUCCCUCCUCACCUCUCUCUUCCUCCUGCACUGCCUCGCCGACCGCCACAGCCCCACCUCACCCUCACCGGUCAAAGACUCCCCCAGCCGGCUAUUCGAGGACUUAAGGUCGCAGAGGACUAAAAGGCUGGUGUAUGAAUGGACCGCCGGGUCGGACCUGACGGACUACGGGGCCACCAGGCGCUCCUCUCGGGUCGGAGCGGAUGAGCGCGCGGGGCAAGCUUUGGAGGUGUCAGAGGAGUCUCUCAUCCUGCCGCCGCCGGAUUUAGUCGCCUCCAGGAAAGUGUCGCCGAGGUUUGCAGGUAAACUCAGUCCGCUCGGGGAGGGAAGCAAGAAGCUGCCACAGGCUCUCAUCAUCGGGGUGAAGAAGGGAGGGACCCGGGCUCUGCUGGAGUUCCUCCGGGUUCAUCCCGACAUCAGAGCCGUAGGAGCGGAGCCACACUUCUUCGACCGCAACUAUGAGAACGGACUAGAGUGGUACAGGGAGUUAAUGCCCAAGACCCUGGAGGGCCAGAUCACCAUGGAGAAAACCCCCAGCUACUUUGUAACCAGAGAGGCUCCAGCCCGGAUCUCCGCCAUGUCCCGGGACACCAAGCUGAUCGUCGUAGUGAGGGACCCCGUCACCAGGGCUAUCUCAGACUACACACAGACACUGUCUAAGAAGCCUGACAUUCCCUCUUUCGAGAGCCUCACCUUCAAAAACAGGACUACGGGGCUCAUCGACACCUCAUGGAGCGCCAUCCAGAUCGGCAUCUACGCCAAGCACCUGGACAACUGGCUGCAGUACUUCCCCAUGGGCCAGAUCCUGUUUGUGAGCGGCGAGCGGCUAAUCAGCGACCCGGCCGGAGAGCUGGGCCGUGUGCAGGACUUCCUGGGACUCAAGAGGAUCAUCACAGACAAACACUUUUACUUCAACCAGACCAAGGGUUUCCCAUGCCUCAAGAAGGCAGAGGGCAGCAGCAAGCCCCACUGCCUGGGUAAAACCAAAGGGCGGACCCACCCGAACAUUAACCCUGAGGUGGUGCAGAGGCUACGGGACUUCUACAGACCCUUCAACAUGAAGUUCUACCAGAUGACGGGGCGUUUUUUUGGCUGGGAUGACUGAAUGUUUGUUUUCUCUGUGACACAGAGGAGAAGCAGAAGUGUGAUGGAGUAUUAGGGCCACUCCAGGGGGAAAAAAGAGAUUUUGAGGGUGCAGUCAUAAUAUUUGAAGAAAAACAUUAGAUUGUGAGAAUAAAGUCAUGAUUAGGGGAAAAAUGUCAGAAUAUCUUACUAAUGGAGGUGAAGAAAAAAGUUGUUAAUUGUAAAAAAAAAAAAAAAAUACUUAUUUAGUAUUAAAUUUAUUUUGUGGGUGCUGUGCACUACAGUCAGAACAUGUUUAUAUAAGCCAAAAAAUAUAUGUAAUUGAACUGUAAUGCUAAAACAUACAUCUAAGCUGAUCUACCCAAUCUAAUUAUACCAUUUUGGUUGUUAUAUUGUUGAAGUAUAACCAUUUUUGGCAUUAAAAUUACAUUCAUAAUUCAUAAUAUGAUGAUGAUCCAACAUUUUUUGUAAAAUUGAGUAAUUUUGUGAUUUAGUUGUUAUCAUUAUAGUUUUUUUUAAUCAAAAUAUUACCAUUUCAUUCUAAAAAUGUGAGAACAAUGUUGGAAUAAAAAAAAAACCUUAGUUUUGUCUUAUUUUCGAAAUACAUGCUAUAUAUUUAUGCCCAAAUAUAUAAUACCUGCUCUUUUUUUUUUUUUUUAUAAUAGUGCAAUUCUAGUUUUGAUAUAUUACAACUUUUCCCCCUUAACAUUUUGACUUACUCAAAAACUCAUGACUAAAUUCUCACAAUAUUACGGCUUUUUCUCAAAAUUCUGAAUCUCAAAGUCUUACAUUUUUUCCCCCAACGGAGGCUGUGAAGCUAAAAGAAAUACAGCCUCAGCACUAACCCUGAGCAAUAUGUGGCUGUUACAGGAGAGAAAAAGGCCCAAUCUCCCCUCAGUGGCUCGGCUGAUAUGCAAUAUUUCACUGUUACAUUUUUCAUGAUCAGAGCUGCCUCUAAUCCACAAUCAUUGAGAUGUUUUCUUCUAAAAAGACGAUAAAGUUGUUGAAGGAUUUGCAUCAUAUCUUCGUGCACUACAAGAAACUGUUUGGGUUUUUUUCUGUUUUAGCUGUGACACAGAAAUAAUAGUAUGCAGUGCUUUUUUAAGAAGUUGUGUGAAGUCACAUUGUGUCCAGGGGCUUUUGAUAAAAACCCUUACUGAGCAAUUUAAUGCCAUAUUUUAAACAUACAUAGCUGCUUUCAAAGUUUAACAUUUUUCUAGCAAAAAGAAUAUGAAAAGAUAAAAAUAUAUGUAUUUUUGAAAUGUAUUUAUUCAAGAAGUACACAAGCAGUACGUAUGUAUUUUGAAUAACUCCUCAGUGAUUAUUUGCUUUCUUAUUAUUAUGCUCCCCAUGUGUCUAGAGUUUUGUUUGUUAUAUACUGUAAACUAAAAACCUGUUAUCUUUACUUUAAUUUCAGGUCAUUCAUUCUAAUGUGUAUUUACUAUACAUGGUCAAGUAUGGGAACACUUUUCUCAACUUACCUUUCAGUUCCUGCUCUGUUAUUUCAAGGGUUGUUUCCUCACUUUCAGCUAAUGAUUUUACAGUCAAAGAUACAGUAGCGCACUCUGUUAUUCAAGUAACAGCGACUCCAGUGGCAGGCCUUCCCAAACUUUGACUCAAAUUUCCUCAACAUGCUUCCUUGUGAAUUGAAUACACUUGAUGUCACUGGCCUUCCUUGCCUGGAGGCGAUGUGUGUGUGUGUGUGUGUGUGUGUGUGUGUGGAUGUCUUUUUAAACCCAGGGAGCUUGAGAACAAUGGCCGAGUUGUGUUCCUAAUUUCUGUCUACACGUAUUGUGAGCCACUUUCUGAAAGCAGAUGUGCCUCAAAAGACACAAAAUGAUCUGUGUUUUUUGGUGUAAGCAUCAGAAAAGAACCUAAUAUAGAUUUGUUUUUUGUUUUUUUGGCGAGGGGUUAUGUAACCUAACUGUGCUGUUCAGACUGUUGUUAACUUGAAGUUGUUGGAAUUUUUAAGGCACUCCUUGAAUAAAUGAUGUUAUAUG